CAUGGAGAGCUGAUCCUUCAGAGAGCAAUUUUCUUUCACUUGACACUUUGUUUGCUGUUUGAAUAUUGCCUUCACUUCCACGAUGGCGGCGCUGACGGACACAAGAAAAGGCAAAGUUCUUCUGGGUGAUCUACCGGAAGAUUUUCUUCGUCUCCCAUUGCCUUCCGCCGACAAUGCAACUAUCUCACCACAGCACUUGCAGAAUGCAACUCUGGAUAGGUCAUUGCUGUCGCGUAUUGAAGUGUCUCUAGCUGAAGCAAGGCUUGUAAAAAAUUAUGGUGUGGGUCGUAUGAACCUUUACUGCCGCUUGCGGAUAGGAGCACGAGUGGAGCUGACACAAACAGGGAACCAUGGAAAGAAUCCUCGCUGGAAUCAUAAUGUUCGAUGUAGACUACACCCUGGCGUUUCUACUAUUCUAAUAGAAGUCCUUGACCAGCGGACGUUCUCCGAGGACGAACGUGUGGCAUGGACUCACAUCGAACUUACUGAACCUGUCCUCGCAGGUGAGUCGGUACUGGACAAUUGGUUCGACUUGAACGGCAAACAGGGUACAGGUGCGGAAGGACAAAUAAAGCUGGUGGUUUCUGUGACACCACCACCUGCUGCUGCCCCUGCCACGUUUGGUGCACAACAGACGCAGCUAUCUAGCCAGCCACAGAUGCAAGUGCCACCACAGGUGCAUCAGCCGCAGCAGCAGCAGCAGCAACAUGAUGGCCGGCCAAUCGUCCGCAUUUCACGCGAGGAACUGCAGUCGGUGCUUGAUAUGUUCCCAACAUUGGAGAAAGAGGUCGUCGUGUCUGUUCUCGAGGCAUCCGGAGGAGAUAUGGAUGCGACAAUUACCAGCCUCCUGGCCAUCAGCAGCACUGACUAGGUUGCGAGUUUUUUUUCCUUAACACUUUACACUUUGCAGCGGCUUGGGCACGUGUCCAGUGUGCCACACUACCAAGUUGACUGCUAUUGGUGUGCGGCUCGGCCUUCGGUGCAUUUUCCCAGUGAUGGAUCUGUACCAGCCAAGGGGGACCUAGUAUAGUCACUGCAUGCUAACACUUGCAAGUCAUCACUGAGCUAAGAUGCAGCACACACACUAUCGAUGACUCGGCGCCCGCGUGUGUUCGGUCACAGCGACCCAACUACCAUGUAAGUUCUUCUCUGCCGUGACCUUGCCAUGCCGUUUCAACUCGAUUUCACUCGGUCUCAUCUUGGUGUCCAGGGUAGAUGGUCGCAUCGCUGUGCUUAUAUUUCUGCUAUUCAUAUCACCAUACUUUCAGACGUAUACAAACGGUUCAGUUUCUUCCCCGAAAUGUAUUCAAAUCCUCGCAUUUCGAUUUCAGUCUGAUAAUGUGCAUGCCCACUCACAAUAUCAUGCAUUUUGGGGCAGGCGGUAAAUUGGAUACUGGACUUUUUCCACCCACUACCAGUAUUCUGUUUUUCCCGGAAAUAUUUGAAACUGCUUUUAAAAGUAGAAAAUGAACCGCCUCUGUUCUUUAUUCGCGUGUCCUGUUAGUUCAUGCUCUGUUGCUAAGGAAGCUGUGACUUUCAAGCAUGCGUAGUCUAGUCUGCUCCAGUAGCCAUUGCUCAGCGUUACAGCCGUGUGCUUGUUUUAACCUGAUCUAUAUCGUAGAUAUUUUCAUACUUUACCUUAGACACAUCUGGAUUUAGCUCUAUUUAUGCAUACAGUUUUUAGGUGUGUGGAGAUGCAAGCUUUUUUUUAAAUUGCCAGUAAUCUGCUUCGCUGAUAGAGGUUCAGUGUGUUAGCUCCGCCAGUGAGAUCAAGCAUUGGUGUGUACAUGUAUGUCGCUGUAUUGUAUGGACAGUGUAUUUACGAUGCUGUGUAACAAUUUUGUUUUUGUUCCGAGGAUAACACGUGCUCGGGUGUAUUUGAAUGAGUGUUAUCUGUCAUCAUUGACUCAUUGUAUUUCAAUUCUACUUGUACUACAGUCAUGUGUCUGUUCUUGUGAUCAUUCCAUUA